GGGGAAGAGCGAGUACGAAAUUGUGGCAGAGGUAAACAACAGAAGUUAUCCGAAGAUCUCAAGCCCAAAGGAUGUAAAUACAUACAGGACUGCUUAGCAUGUAGAAGACGCUACGCGAUACGAGCAGACAUCUAUCUAGAAAGCGAACCAAUGAGCGUUGUGUGUUGAUGUGGAGAGGCGAGAGUCACAGGUUUUGUUCAACAUUCCUCCCCGGCCGAUCGACGCGGUGGGGGGAGCAGCUCGAGUGAGUAAUGCUUUCACUUUUCCAGCGAGAAGAUGGAUGAAAAAUCCAACUACAGCCGGAUCCUUAUCGCGCUGGUGAUGGUGUUGUUAUUCGCAGUUAUUGUGCUACAGUAUGUAUGUCCUACGUCCGAUUGCCAGUUGCUACACCUGGCAUCAUUGUCCUCCAGACUGGGGAGUCGAGCGCCCGGGGAUCACACAGGCGGAAUCAACGGAGCCAGUGCGGGAGACCCGUACAGUUCUGAGGACGGUGCGUUGGCUCGAUUCGUCCCUCGCUUUAAUUUCACCACCAAAGACCUUUAUCGCGUUGUAGAAUUCAACAUCAAGGAGAACGAUGUUAUAGUGUUUCUCCAUAUUCAGAAGACCGGGGGGACCACUUUCGGCCGUCACCUCGUCCGCAACAUUCAGCUGGAGAGGCCGUGCGAGUGCUAUGCGGGCCAGAAGAAGUGUACCUGCUACCGGCCAGGCAAACGGGACACCUGGCUGUUCUCCCGCUUCUCCACCGGCUGGAGUUGUGGACUUCACGCGGACUGGACAGAGCUCACCAACUGCGUGCCUUCUUUCAUGAACACCCGAGAGUCUCAGGAGAGGCGCAGAACUCCCAGCAGGAACUACUACUACAUCACAAUCUUGAGGGAUCCAGUGUGGAGGUACCUGAGUGAAUGGAGGCACGUUCAGCGUGGUGCCACUUGGAAGGCCUCUAAACACAUGUGUGAUGGGCGUCUACCUACACUGACUGAGCUGCCCAGCUGUUACACCAGCGAUGACUGGUCGGGCUGCUCACUGGAGGAGUUCAUGGCCUGUCCUUAUAACCUGGCCAACAACAGACAGACCCGUAUGCUGGCAGACCUCAGCCUUGUGGGCUGCUAUAACCUCUCAGUCAUGAGUGAGAGCCAGCGUUGGGCUGUGCUACUGGAAAGUGCCAAGCGCAAUUUGCGCAAUAUGGCCUUCUUUGGCCUGACAGAAUAUCAGCGCAAGACACAAUACCUCUUUGAACAAACAUUCCGCCUGUCCUUCAUUGCGCCGUUUACGCAGCUCAAUGGCACUCGUGCUACAAGUGUCGAGGUGGAACCGGAGACCCAGUGGAGGAUUCGGGAGCUGAACCAGUGGGAUGUGGAGCUGUAUGAGUAUGCACGGGACCUCUUCCUCCAGCGUUUCCAGUACGCAAGACAGCAGGAGCGCAGGGAAGCCCGUCAGCGGCGACUGCAGGAGAGGCGCAAGUUACGUGCCAAGGUGAAGCCUUGGUGGGGGGUAACUGGAAAAGUUGUUUUUAAACCCACCAAGGGGCCACAGCUUACUGAACAAUCUCCCAUUCUGAGUUUUUCAGAAGAAAAACAAACAGACAUGGAACAAAAGCUAGAGACUGAGACAGAAGAACAGGUAGAGGACAACUGGUUACAGGAGGAUGACAGUGAAGCCAUUUUGGACUAUUUAGAAAAUGUAGAACAGUGGCGAUAGCCAAUAGCUACUUGGGAAGAGGGUUGUUAUUACUGAACUCAAAAGGAAAUGGCGAUUCUGUUUUAUUGCUAUGGGGUACUCAUAAUCCUUCAAGCUCAAUUUACCUCUAAUAUGUUAAAUAUUGGCACACACGGGUUAUUAUUUGUUGUUGCUCUUUUUGUGUUUCAUAGACACAAGCAUUCUGUGGAAUUCACAGUAGAAGUCCAAUAUAUUGAUUCUUAAAACAUAGUUUCACUGUCAAAUAUCAGAUUUUGAAUCAUCGUCUUGCUGCCUGACCUGUCCUGAGCCAUGUGAACUGAGGAGAGGCUAAGAUCCAUACACAUCACCACUGUGUGCAGUAGGAGUGUAUUUAACUAAAGGUUGCACCAGGGAGAUCCCUGCAAUUAAUGUACUGUAAGUCAAUUAUGGAUGAAAAGCAACUGCUAAUCGUGAAAGCCAAAAGUUGGAAUGUUUCAAAAAUGCCAUUUUCAGAGGGAGAUGCUGGUAGCAGCAUGCUUGUAUUUACAUUAUGUAAUGUAAGAAAAUAAUUCAAAAUAUUGCUGCUUUUUUUUUUUUUUUUUUUUUUUUUUUUUUUUUUGCGAUUUGGCCAUU